AUGUUCCCGGCGCCGCAGCCCGCGGGCCGCCCCGCCAGCCCGCCGGAGCCCCCCGCCCCCCCGCCGCCGCCGCCGCCGCCGCCGCCUGCGCCUCCCCCGCCGGGCGAGCCGAGCGACGCGGAGCUGGGCGGCUGCAGCAAGGAGGAGCUGGUGCGGCGGCUGCGGCGCGAGGAGGCCGAGAAGCUGGCGGCGCUGGUGCAGCGCGGGCGCCUGAUCCAGGGCGUCAACCGGCAGCUGCAGGAGCACCUGCGCGAGAUCCGCGAGCUGAAGGCGGUGAACGGGCGGCUGCAGGCGGAGAACCGCGAGCUGCGCGACCUCUGCUGCUUCCUGGACGAGGACCGGCUGAAGGCCAAGCGCCUGGCGCGCCACUGGCAGCUCUUCGGGCACCACGCGGCGCAGGUGCUGCGCGACGAGGUGGGCGCCUGCCUGCGCAAGCUGGCCGGCCUGGAGGGGCUGCAGGAGCGGCUGGCGCAGGACAACCUGGAGCUGAAGGAGCUCUGCGUGGCGCUGGAGGAGUGCGCCGCCGCCGCCGCCGCCGCCGCCCGACCCGACGCCAGCCCCAGCCCGGGCGGGGGCUCCUCGGAGCUCAGCCUGCCCUGCGGGCCGCGCGACCUGGGCGACGGCAGCUCCAGCACGGGCAGCGUGGGCAGCCCCGACCAGCCCCACCCCGCCUGCUCCCCCGACGAGUAGGGC